CCGUCGCCUAAUAUUUACUUCUUACUAUUACUUAUUAGUAGUAGUAGUGCCGUGGCGAUAUAGUUUAUUGACUUAUCGUAAACUGUUUAGUUAGUUUAUUCAAGGGGCUUAUUAUUUUCGAAUAUGAAAUUAACUUCAAUCAUUUUUUCUAGAAUUUAUACAAUUAUCUUUGUUGUGAAGAUUUUAAAUUUAAUUGAGGGUUCCUUUAUUUUCUAAUUUAAUUAUUCUUGCAGUAAAAUGUUAUUUUUGGAAUCACCGUACAAAGUCGAAUUUCUCUACAAUUUUUACUUAAGAUUUCUAUCUGAAUCGCUGCUGUAUUUAACAAAUUUUGUAUUGUACAUAUCUUUGUGGAUAUUUGGUUACUUGUGCUUGUGUUGUAUUGUGUAUAGAAAAUAUGCAAGAAAGUUGCCUACUCGGACUCGUGGAGCUCUCGGAGCAAAAAGAGUGCUAGUUGUAGUGGCUCAUCCAGAUGAUGAAUGUAUGUUCUUUGGACCUACUAUCUAUAGAUUAUGUGAACAGGGAGCUGAAGUUUACAUCUUGUGCUUAUCAAAUGGAAAUUAUGAAGGAAAAGGAAAUAUUCGUAAACAAGAAUUAUGGCAUGCCUGUAAGGAAUUGGGAGUUCCUGAUUGCAAUAUAUGUCUUAUCACAGACACGAGACUGUCAGACAACCCUAAGUUACAAUGGCCAGUUCCAGUUAUAGCUAAAUUAAUAGGACAUCAUAUAGAAGCGUAUAAUGUUGAUACCCUUGUGAUAUUCGAUAGAGGUGGUGUCUCUUCACACCCUAAUCAUGCUGCUGUUUUUUAUGCAGUAGCUUAUAUGUUUGUUGAAAAAAAUAUGCCGGACAAAUGUACAGUGUAUACAUUAGAUUCUGUAAAUAUAUUAAGAAAAUAUUUAGGAUUCUUGGACUUGCCUCUCAGUUUUUUGUUGUCUUCUAAAAGCUAUUUUAGGUAUUUUCUUCGUUGGACUGAAAGCAGAAGAGUUUCACGGGCUAUGAAGAAACACAAAAGUCAGAUGGUUUGGUUUCGUUACUUAUAUGUAAUGUUUUCUAGGUAUAUGGUAAUAAAUACUCUUCGGAAAAUAAGCCUUGCUGACAUUGAAUUAGAAUUAGAGGUGGAUGAUUGAUAACUUAUAAAAAGAAAUACAUAUUCUGUUUAAAAAAAAAUGUUAUAUAUUUUUGUCUGUCCUGAUUUAUAUACAUUACAAUUUUGAUUUCAUUUUAAAUAAUUUUGUGUUGCAAGAAGAAUUGAUAGACAUUGAUAAUAUAAAUAUUUAUUUAUAAGGGAUAUAGUUAGUAUUAUUAAAAUAUUCUAAGAAGACUUAUACCAAUAGAGGUAGUUAAAU